AUGUCCUUUAAAUUUUCCUUCUUCCCAAAUGUCUUUUUCCUUCUUCUUUUUCUUCUUCUUCUUCUUCUUCAUUUUUACUUUCUUACUAAUUUCUUCUUUUCUUUUCUUCUUCAUUGUCCUUUUCAUUUUCCUGUUCUUCCCAAAUGUCUUCAAUCCUUCUUCUUCUUUUCUUCUUCUUCUUCUUCUUCUUUUCAUUUUUUCUUUCUUCUAAUUUCUUCUUUCUUUUCUUCUUCAUAUGUCCUUUUCAUUUUCCUGUUCUUCCCAAAUGUCUUCAAUCCUUCUUCUUCUUCUUCUUCUUCUUCUUCUUCUUCUUUUUCCUCCUCCUCUUCUUCAUUUUCCUCUCUUACUAAUUUCUUCUUUCUUUUCUUCUUCUUCAUAUGUUCUUUUUAUUUUCCUAUUCUUCUCAACUAUCUUCAAUUCUUCUUCUUCUUCUUCUUCUUCUUUUCUUCUUCUUCUUCUUCUUCUUCUUCUUCUUUUUUCUUCUUUUUUUUCCUCUCUCUACUAAUUUCUUCUUUCUUUUCUUCUUCAUAUGUCCUUUUCAUUUUCCUGUUCUUCCCAAAUGUCUUCAAUCCUUCUUCUUCUUCUUCUUCUUCUUCUUCUUCUUCUUCUUCUUCUUCAUUUCUUUCUUUUACUAAUUUUUUCUUUCUUUUUCUUCAUUUCUUUUUUUCAUUUUUCCCAAAUUCUUAA